CUACAUUUCCCAUCGUGCCGCGGGGCCCUCGCGGAGGCGCUAUUUCCGGUUCGCGGUACUUCCGCGGUCUCUGCGCUGACUCGGCCUUCCGCGGGGCACCCACGAUGAAGCUCCUCGCUCUAGCUGUGUUUGCCCUGUUUUAUGUGGCCCACUGUGAGGAAGGCGCCAGGCUCCUGGCCUCCAAAUCUUUAUUAAACAGAUACGCAGUGGAGGGCAAGGACUUGACUUUGCAGUACAACAUCUACAAUGUUGGCUCCAGUGCUGCUUUAGAUGUGGAGCUGUCGGAUGAUUCUUUCCCCCCGGAAGAUUUUGGCAUUGUCUCUGGGAUGCUCAACGUCAAGUGGGACAGGAUUGCUCCAGCGAGUAACGUGUCCCACACUGUGGUUCUGAGGCCUCUCAAAGCUGGUUACUUCAACUUCACCUCUGCUACCAUCACGUACCUGGCACAGGAGGGUGGACAGGUUGUGGUUGGUUUCACUAGUGCUCCUGGGCAGGGAGGAAUCUUGGCUCAGCGUGAGUUUGACAGGAGGUUCUCCCCUCACUUUCUGGACUGGGCAGCUUUUGGUGUGAUGACCCUGCCCUCCAUCGGGAUCCCGCUGCUGCUGUGGUACUCGAGCAAGAGGAAGUACGACACCCCCAAGACCAAAAAGAACUGAGCAAAGUCAAAUGCCACCAGCACCCCAGAGCUCAGGAAAGAACAUCCCAGCACCCAGAACAGCAGGUGUGUUGGGAUCAGCAAAGCACCACCUGGGCUGCACCCCAGCCCUGUUGGCAAGAGGGGAUCGAUCACUUCCAUGGCAGUGAGGUGUUGCCUUCUACAUUUUAAAAAAGAAACAAGUAAAAAAAAAAAAACCCCAAAAAACUCUGAAAAUCCCAGACUCCCUUGUCUGCAUAUUUGGAGACACCUCGCUCCUCUGCAGACCCAGUGCCUCGGUGAUACAAAUGUGUGAACACGCAGAGGAGCUUGUUUGGGGGGCGCAGCUCUGCAGCGUUUCUGACAUCUGUGCUGCCUUCCAGCCUCUGCUCAGCCAAACAGCUCUUUGCCUCCUCCAACAUCUUAAACCUCAGGGCCCCGUUCCUCCGAGCAGGGCCUGCCUCACUGAAACGUCGCUGGGAAGGAGCUCUGGGGGCAAACAGACCUUCUGUGAGAGGCGUUACUGUUGCUGCUUCGCUACCUGGGGCACGGGAGGUCCCUGUUGAUGCUUGUUCUCUAGGAAGCCCCAUUGUAUUUUGGUGAGCAGUUUCUUGCUAUGUUUUUGUUCUUUCCGGUUGCUCUGUUAAGGGUUGAGGUGUGUUGAGGUACUGAGGCUUUUGUAAUAAAAUGAACACGGUGAAA